AUGGCCGCAGUGCUUCCAGCCGGCAGCAGCACGGAGCCUCAGCACAGCCUCUGCACCCACAACAGCUUGGGCAGCACCUGGCUUCCACGCGAGGAGCCCUGGGGCCGCAGGAACUCCAUCCCACCCGCGCAGGCACCCACUGCCAGGCACAUGCUUGCCUACCUGCCACGGCCACCCACCGACACCAGCCGCUAUGGCACCUUCCCCCAGAAGCCUGAAGUCCCAGCUGCCCCUGUGCUUCUCACAGAUGCUGCUGCUGCUGCUGAGAGAAGUGCCCUGGUUCCAAACGACCUCUUCCCACCCUGUGGCACCGAUGUUCCUAGCGACCCAGCUCCCACGCAGAGCUGUGUAGACUCGGAGGCUGUGGGAUCCACCAGGCGCUGGCCCAGUGUCUCCAUUACCACCAGUGACGUGCCCAAGCACCGCCGAGCCUCACGCCAAGACCAUCCAUCCAUGCUGCGUGAUGGCACCUCUCGCUGGUACCCGCGGCACACCCGCAGCGUGCCCAGCAUCCUCAGCCCGGCACGGAGCAGGACGCCCAACCGCAGCAUCGUCUCCAUCCCUGCCUCUGAGAGGCUGCAGAGCCGGCGUUGCAAACUGAUAGAGGACGAGCGGCCGCUGGGUCUGGCUGGCAAGCAGCAGCGCCAGCGCUACGUCACCAAAGUGGGCAAGUGCCAAGUGAACCUGGGCAACAUCCAGGAGAAGAAGAGGUUCCUCUCGGAUAUUUUCACCACUAUUGUGGACCUCAAGUACCGCUGGUUCCUCUUUGUUUUCAUGAUGUGCUAUAUUGUCACCUGGGUUGUCUUUGGCACCAUCUAUUUCUUUGAUGCGUGGAUAAGGGAUGACAUCAACCACAUCGGGGACCCAGAGUGGAAGGCGUGCAUCGAGAACGUGGACAAUUUCAUAUCUGCCUUACUCUUCUCUGUGGAAAGUCAGAGGACCAUUGGCUACGGCUCCAGGAUUGUGACAGCCAACUGCGCUGAGGGCGUCAUUCUGCUGAUGGCGCAGUCCAUCAUUGGGUCCAUGAUUGAUGCCCUUAUGGUGGGCUGCAUGUUUGUCAAGAUCUCCAGGCCCAAGAAGCGUGCCCAGACCUUAAUCUUCAGCAAAAAUUGUGUCAUCUCCCACAGGGACGAGAAGCUCUGUCUGAUGUUCCGCAUCGGGGACCUUCGGGAGAGCCACAUGGUGGAUGCAAAAAUAAGAGCCAAGCUGAUCAAAUCCCGACAGACCAAAGAAGGGGAGUUCAUCCCCUUGGAGCAGUCGGAGCUGAACUUAGGCUACGAUACAGGGGAGGACAGGUUGUUCCUGGUGGAGCCCCAGAUCAUCUGCCACGUCAUCAACCAGCACAGCCCCUUCUGGGACCUGUCGGCAGAGUCACUGAAAAGGGAGCAGUUUGAGAUCAUCAUCAUCCUCGAGGGCAUUGUGGAAGCUACGGGGAUGACGUGCCAGGCCCGCACCUCCUACACCGAGGACGAGAUCCUGUGGGGGUACCGCUUUGAACCCUGCAUGUCCCUGGAGAAAGGCGCCUUCCGCGUGGACUACAGCCGCUUCGAGCUGACCUUCGAGGUGCAGACCCCAGCAGCGAGCGCCAGGGAGAUGCAGGAGAUGGCAGAGCUGGAGCGCCGGGACCGCUCCACACCCAGCCUGUGCUGGGAGCUGCUGCCACAGCCCUGCGGGUCCUGAGCGGGCGGCCAU